GAUGUUCACACCAAAAACUAUUUUACACAAACAAUGCUUUUCAUUAAAGGGCAUGUUAAAGGGAGAAACUAUUCUUGCUCUUUUUCAGAUGCAGACAAAUGUACCAAAUGUCCAGAAGAUCAACAUCCAAACAUCAAUCGAGUUCACUGUAUCCCCAAGAUUAAAAGCUAUCUUUCUUAUAAGGAAAAUCUGGGGAUUAUCCUGACUUUCAUUGUCUUGUUCCUCUCUUUAAUCACAGGCUUUAGUUUGUGGGUCUUCAUUAAAUUCAUGGAAACACCAAUUGUCAAAGCCAACAACCGGGACCUCUCCUACAUUCUCCUGGCCUCUCUCCUGCUUUCCAUCUUGACCUCCUUUCUGUUCAUUGGCCGGCCAAGGAGAGUGACCUGCCUCCUCCGACAAACAACCUUCAGCAUUAUGUUUUCAAUUGCCAUUUCUUCAAUCUUUGCCAAAACAGUCACAGUUGUGUUAGCCUUUUUGGCCACAAAACCAGGGAAUAAAGUGCAGAGAUGGUUGGGGAAGAGCUUGGCCAACUCCAUUGUCUUUUCUUGUUCUGGUCUCCAAGUUGUCAUCUGCAGCAUCUGGUUGGGCACUUCCCCUCCAUUCCCUGACUCUGACAUGUACUCCCAACCUAGAGAGAUCAUCCUAAAAUGCAGUGAAGGUGCUGUCACCAUGUUUUAUAUUGCCCUCGGAUACAUGGGCUUCCUAUCUGCUGUCUGUUUCAUAGUGGCUUUUCUGUCCAGGAAUCUCCCUGGGACCUUCAAUGAAGCCAAGCUGAUCUCCUUCAGCAUGCUGGUCUUCUGCAGUGUCUGGGUGUCCUUUGUGCCAGCCUACCUGAAUAACAAAGGAAAGUACAUGGUGGCUGUGCAGAUCUAA